UAGGUCAACUGGCGUCGACGUCACUAUUCUAUCAAACGAGCGUCGCGUUCACUCAAAGCAUAGACUGGUGGGAGAGUUCUGAGUUUUUGUGUGGCGUCGUGUCACUUGCUUACAACAUACGGUGUCCUUCAGUAUCGGACAAAAUAGUGGGCGAAAAAGUGCGGAGAAAUGCAGUGUGUUAGUGUGUCUCUGAUGGAGCUGAAAGUUUGGGUGGAUGGAGUUGUACGAGUGGUUUGCGGCUUGUCGGAAGAGACGUCAUGCCAGGAUGUAGUCAUUGCACUUGCUCAAGCCAUUGGCCAGACGGGGCGAUACGUUCUCAUUCAGAGAUUGAGGGACACCGAGCGCCAACUUCUGGCCAAUGAGCGGCCACUGGAGUCCCUGGCCAAACUGGGCCAACAUAGCAGUGAGGUGCAGUUCUUCCUGCGGCGGACUGGUCCCAGCAGCAGUGAGGAACAAAGUCUGCACAACCGCACCCUCCCUCACUCCAAGCCUGCCACAUCAGAACCCAAACGGGGAUUACCGAAGAAAUCCUUAACCUUCAACUUGGGCCCUUCCAGUUCUCCUCGUACAAAAACUAAGGACUCUCGUAAAACACCCUCUCCUGAACAGAGGGCAUCCCCAGUUCCCCACACGGCAUACCUUCCGGGGCCAUCUAAAGAGGAGAUGUUCCGGCACGUUCUCCAGCAGCAAGAGCAGCUACGUGCCCUCGAGUCCCAGCUGGUGGCUGUGGACAGGGAAUGCGAGACUUGGGACCAGCCGUCUACAGAGGAGUCAUCCCUGCAGGCAGAGAUGGAAGUUUUGGAAAAUACCCUGCGGAAGAACCAGCAAGAGUUGGUGGACGAGGAGUUCUGGGAGGAGGAAUUAAGGAUCGAGACAGAGAGGGAGCGUGCGAUGAAGCGGCGGUUAGGAGAGCUGCAUGCUAAACUGGAUGAUUGUGGGCAGAAGUUGCAUGAAUUCAACACUCGUGCCAUGCAGCUUGAAAAAGACAUUCAGCGAGAAAUGCUACAGGUGGACAACUUGCCCAAUCAGUCCGAUUCAAAAGACUCUUUGGGGGUAGUCAAGGCAGAUCUUCAAAGUCGACAAAAGCAGGGGGAGGAGUUGGAGGCAGAGCUUAUAGAGCUUGAGAAGGCUUUGGGGAGGGCGGAGACUCUGCUGAAGGCAAAGCAGGAGGAAGUUGAGGAGUUGAAUAAGGAGCUCAGACAGUGUAAUUUACAACAGUUUAUCCAGCAGGCUGGAGCUCUGCCUACCCAUACUCAAGCCCGCACAGACCUUAAUGAACACCCAAAAGAACUGGACCUGACUCAACAACAGCAGGACAAUGAUUCACCCCCACGUCCCACUGCUAAGCAGUUCCUUGGUCACCCACGCAACCUGCAGCACCCCCUGGUGUCCAGCUUGAACCCUGAGGGUGUGUAUGUGUGACAGCCUGCUGCUGCUUCCCUGCCUGCCCCGCUCCGCAACCCCAGCCUGCCAUGCCCAGUGGUGGCAGCCCUUUCUGGGUGAAAGUGCCUGCAUGGUGGCCCCCCCUUAACCGCCCUCUUUUGAUCAACAUGCCUGAUUAUUGUAGCACUUUAGCUGAAAGGCAUUGCGUCAACUAAUUUACACAAAAUUACCGAUAUAUCUUUAGCCGCUGUAUAUUAGUACUAUUAAUAUACAGUAUAUGCUGAUUUUGUUUAACUACUUGGGUCUGUAAAUAUGGAUAUUACAUAUUACAUCGUCAGUAUGUAGUGCCUUUCAUAAAGAAGUGUUACUAUGACCUGUGUUCUUCAACACUUUAGUUUAAGGGAUAGUGGGCUGGUUUCAAAUUACAUCUUGACAAGCUGGUAAAAACUUUUGUUGAAGUCUAUAGAUAUUUUUGCUUAUGAAGAUGUAAUUUCACUUAAAAUUUGCAAACUAAAGUGUUUUUGCAAUGUUCCUUUGAGUUCUACACUCCUUUCCUUUUUUAUGCUCUUCUGACCCAGUUUGGUGUCCUUACAUUGUGUUGUCUUGAGUCCUAUCAGCUCUUUCUUUGUGUGUGUGUGUGUGUGUGUGUGUGUGUGUGUGUGUGUGUGUGUUAUUAAAGGGAUAGUUCACCUAAAAUAUGAAAAUUCAGUUUUCGUUUACUUUACUUGGGGUUCCAAACCUGUAUAACUUUCUUCCAUGAAACACAAAAUAAUAUAUUUUGAAGAAUGUUCACACUGCUCUUUUCCAAUCAAGAACGUUUUCCCAGACUCUGUGAUGAGCUCGACUCAGUAUAGCCUUGACGUGUUUGGGGUUCCAAUUCAAACCUGGAGCGACGUGUAUGUGACAUGUUUGAAUAUAAGGAAGUGCAAAUGAGAUUUAAAAGCCAUGGUGGAGGGAAAGAUUAUCAGGUAAUAACUGAUAAUUCUUAACCUGAUUCUCAAAUUAGAAAAUAAGAAGAAAAUAUCAGUUGAGAAGAAUUUUAUUCUUAAAGGGUUAGUUCACCCAAAAAUGAAAAUUCUGUCAUUAAUUACUCCCCCUCAUGUUGUUCCAAACCCAGAAGACUUUCAUUCAUCUUCGGAACACAAAUUAAGAUAUUUUUGAUAAAAUCCUAGAGAUUUCGGUCCCUCCGUUGACAGCUACGCAACUACCACUUUAACUCUUCAAAAAGUUUGUAAAAAGAGAUGGUAAAACUAAUUCAUAUGAAUUGAGUGGUUUAGUCCAAAUAUCCUGAAGAGACUCAAUCGCUUUAUAUGAUGAACAGAUUUAAUUUAGGCUUUUACUCAUAUAUAAACAUUCAUCAAUGCGCACAUCAGAUAUGAUUAACGGAAGCUCGUGCGAGAACCAAUGAGGUUCAUUCUUGUGUUACGCAGCACGUUUGAGCUUCCUCAAGAACCAGUGAGGUUCAUUCUCUUGUUACGCAAAACAUUUGAGCUUCCACAAAAACCAAUGAGGUUCGUUCUCAUGUUACGAAAAACGUUUGAGCUUCCGCAAGAACCAAUGAGGUUCAUUCUAAAUUCACUCUGUUCGUCAUAUAAAGCGAUCGAGGAAUUUGGACUAAACCGUUCAAUUCAUAUUGAUUCGUUUUACGAUAUCUUUAUGAACUUUUUGAAGGGUCAAAGUGGUAGUAGCGUGGACUGUCAAUGGAGCGAUUGAAAUCUCUCAGAUUUCAUCAAAAAGCUCUUCAUUUGUGUUCCGAAGUUGAAAGAAGGUCUUACGGGUUUGGAACAACAUAAGGGUGAGUAAUUGAUGACAGAAUAUUCAUUUUUGGGUAAACUAACCUUUUAAGAAUGUUUCGUGAAUCUUGGUCCUGGUUACUAUAUGGUUUCGAAUGUAAAAGCAGCAGCAUGAACAUUUAGCUAAAUAUCUCCUUCUGUGUUCCACGCAUGGAAUAAAGAAAAUCAUAUAUGUUUGGACAUCAUAAGAAUGAGUAAAUUUCUCUAUCUCUUUAACACAUCUAAUGAUGUGAUGGCUUUCAUUUGUGACCUGUUAAUAUCUCUUGUCUCUAUAAUCAACUAUUUGACAAACAACUAAAGAUGUGCUGAAUGAGCGGACAAUGAUCCAAGUAGUCAUUUUAGUCGUUCUGAAUGUUAAUACAAAGAUUGUGACUACUGUACAUAAGAGUAAUUUUGAAAGCAUCUGAUUGUAAACAAAUGGCUGCACAAGUGUUCAAAAAUAUAAACCAUUUCCAUAUUCAUAUACUUUCAAACAAUUACAAAGCUGUGACUUUUCUUAAAAGUGGAAUACAACAUAUAAAUGACAAGAACAUCAUAUUUUAGUAGAUGUUUUGCCAGUGAUCACUUAUUUUUCUGGUCUGUAUCUGCUACUAUCGGGACACUUUCUGGAUAAACCUGCAAAGUAAAAUUGCUGGAACGUCUCUGUGUGUAUUUGCCAUUUCCAAAGAACAAAUGAUGUUGAAUUCAUCAUUCCCACACAUUAUCAAUGCCUUGUGCUAUAUUACAAAUUCAUCAAUAAGACUGAGGCAGUAUGUUGCUGGUUUAGCAACUGCUAAAACUCAGGGUACAUACAGAGUGUAACGUUUGGACUUUUCUCUGGGUUUGAAGUUUCCUUCUGUGCUCUCUCGGCUGCUGUGUGCAUGGGAAUGUGUCUGAAACCCCCGCAGAUGAAGUAUUUUUGUACCUGUCAUGGUUGCUAUACCCAACAGCCUCACUCAGUGUACUUUUCUAUGUGUCUUGCAGUCCUGACAUCCAGGGAAUCAUCUUGGCAGUAAUAAACCUGAAGCACAGGGCUAAGGAUUUAUAAUGACUUUCUGCUUGUAUUCAACCCCACUGUCUUAACUGUCAUCAGUAUAACCGUUUAUGUUAUAUAUAUCCUGUAUAUAUGAAUAUAUAUAUAUUAAUUAUAUAUUUACUACUUUUUGGUACCUUUCAAAACAUGUAUUUACUGUAAAAUAUUACCAGAUUUUAUCUCGAGAACUUUUACUUUUGUCUAUGUAUUUAAGUAUAAUAAAAACUGUGCAUUGUGUCUUA